AUGUCGACUGCAGGGAGCACCACUGCUUCUCCUCCUGGGAGUACCGCGUAUGAAGAAUCGCGGACUGGAAAUGAUGCACAAUCUGGCCUCGACGGCAGGCCGCUCGCCCGACAGAAACGCAAGAGGACUAGUCCCGAAGACCAGGAGAUAUUAGAGGCAGCAUACAAGCACGAUCCCAAGCCAGAUAAGACGGCACGAAUGGCACUCGUGGAGCGCGUUUCCCUUGGCGAGAAAGAAGUCCAGAUCUGGUUUCAGAACAGAAGACAAAGCUCAAGACGGAGAUCGAGGCCACUUCUCCCCCACGAGCUUGCCGAAUAUCAACAAUCUCGAGACUCCACAUCUGGCGCCAUCCGGUCGAGCCAAGAUGCUGAUGGCCUGGUCAGAUAUGAAAGCGGAGUCGACAGUGAGGAGUCGCAUAACGAGAGUCCGGAGCCAUCCAUUGGAAGCGAUGCGUCUGUCGAUGCAGAUGCUGUCAAGACCGAAACUACAGCCUGGAUAUCCAGUAGUGAUGCGACGAUCAGCGUCCCUGCAGUGCCAGAGGAUACCUCAACGGAGACUCCCCAGCGUUUUGCUCAGGCCGCUUUGGCCGCUGCUUCAGCUCAGUCGUCGCCCAUGUUUUCCACUCCAGACAUUCGUGCUCCGGUUGGCUAUAUAGCCAACAGGCGAAGCAUGUCUUUGCUUCGCCAGAGUGUUCAAACACAGYCGUCACCAGUCAGCACUGGGCCAGAGAGAUCAGAUCGGAGCCUCAAGAGAGUCUCUUCUUGUGUUCGCUUGUCGAUGAAUGCAGAAGGCAAAGCGGAAAUCAUCACCAAAGACGCCUCGUCGCCAUCACCUCCACGGCCAAAGCAGACGAUGAUGCUUCCAGAUGUCAGCCUCAGCAAUCCUCCUACACCCAACUUCAGGUCUUCUCAAGGCUUGUCACGAUCCAUCAGCGGCCGGUCUCGAGAUUCGCGUUCGUGGGAGUUCUGGUGUGACAAAGAGUCCCGCAGCGAGCUUGAAAGCGCUGCCGAGAAGGAUGCAAGUGGUUCUGCUGCUGGUGCUAUCGGUCUUUUGAGGACGGCAUCUGGCAGGAACAUUCUCGGGACUGUGUCUGCGAAGAGAAAUGCUGCGUUCUCAAAUCAUCCGGCUUCUGUGAAGCGAUCCAAGUUAGGCCAGAGGAAGCCUCUUCAGAGAGCAAGCACAUCUUUGGGACGAUUGCAGGGCAAAUAUGGCCAUCAGGGAGCAUCUCUUCCUAAGCUGAAGCACUCCGGAUCUGCCGCUUCUCUGCGCAUCCCAGGCAAUGAAUCCGACAAGGAGAAUUGGUCGCCCGAGCGUGAGAUGGACUCCGAUGGGGAAGAAAUCAGUCAGCUGGAUGGCGAACCGGGAAGGAGGGUGAUGGCAAAGGGACAAUCGCACCCAAAUAAAAAUGUCGGAAGAAGGAGACAGUCACAGGCCGACGAGAACGAUCCCGAAGCAGAUGCUGAGCUAGCAGAAUUCAUGCGCGGAGGUCGGAAGAGUGAGGAUCUUGAUUGCGUCCAGGGGUUAUUGUCCCUGAGCCAGGGCAAUUGGAACAAAUAG